AUGGCGGUCCGCGCUCAGUUCGAAAACUCCAACGAGGUCGGCGUCUUUGCCACUCUUACCAACUCAUACUCGCUCGUCGCGAUCGGUGCGAGCGAAAACUUCUACAGCGUGUUCGAGGCCGAACUCCAGGACGUAAUUCCUAUUUGCAGAACCACGAUCGCCGGCAUGAGGAUAGUGGGUCGUCUUACAGCAGGAAACCGCAAGGGACUGCUGGUGCCCACCACGACGACAGACCAGGAGCUGCAGCACUUGCGAAACAGUCUACCGGACGAAGUCAAGAUCCAGCGCAUUGAGGAGCGGCUAUCAGCGCUUGGUAACGUCAUCGCGACCAACGACCACAUAGCACUUGUGCACCCGGACCUGGAGCGCGAGACGGAGGAAAUCAUCGCCGAUGUGCUGGGCGUCGAGGUCUUCCGGCAGACGGUAGCCGACAACGUGCUUGUCGGCUCGUACAUGUCGCUCUCCAACCAGGGUGGCCUCGUGCACCCAAAGACGUCGAUCCAGGACCAGGAUGAGCUUUCGAGCCUGCUGCAGGUGCCGCUCGUCGCCGGUUCCAUCAACCGCGGCAGCAACGUCGUCGGCGCCGGCAUGGUCGUCAACGACUGGAUGGCUGUCACGGGUCUCGACACCACAGCUACGGAGCUGAGCGUUGUUGAGAGUGUCUUCCGCCUGGGCGAGGGUCUGGGCCCAAGCAACAUCAACACAAACAUGAAGGACACCAUGGUCGAAUCGUUCUACUGA